AUGUCCAAGUCACUUUCGAGUACUAAUGUGCAGCAAGGGAAGGCCAUGCAUCAGAACCCUUUUGAAUUCACCGAUGAUCAGAUCCUUGAUAAUGUUUAUAGAACCCAUUUUCAUUGUGUUGAGAAGUGUGAGGUUGGAUCUCUUCACAGUGUUGCCUCAAACGUUAUCAACCACUCCAUUGAAAUUACAGACACUAUGAUUGCUAAGGGUAGCCAACUUAGUGAUCGGUUCAGAGAAGAAACGGGAAUAACUUCCCAACAACUUACUGCCAAACUGAAGCGAAUUGCUUGCCAGAUGGUAUGCACAGCUCGUGGUGAUCAUUAUGCGCAUUACACAACAAUGCUGAUACUAGAACAGUUGAAAGCAUAUUCAUGGGAUGCAAAGGCACUUAUAGUUCAAGCAGCUUUUGCCUUGGAAUAUGGGAAAUUCUUGUACCUUCCCCUUACACCACAGUGCCGCCAACUUGAAAAAUCAUUGGCUGAUUUGAAUGGACUUUUAAUGAUCCACCAAAACACACAACACCUAAUUUAUUUCAGCAGUGUAGUGAAGAAGGCAAUGCAAGUUAUUGAAUGCAUCACUGAGUGGAAGAGGCUAACUAGUUCAGGGUAUGACAUAAAGGAUGUGCCCACCUUGGCUGAAACUUUGCAUGAGAUUCCUGUUGUUGUGUACUGGGCAAUCUUCACCUUUGUCAGUUGUACUGGUCAACUUGAUGACUUUACAAGUGAUCAUAAGGGUCAGAGACAUGAAUCAACCAAAAAUUUUGAGAAUAAGCUUGACCUUAUUCUAAGAAAUUUUAGGGAACAUUUGGAAACGUGUAGCAAGGAGAUAGGAAGAAUAGAAGACUACACAAGGCGUAAAAAUAUUGUCAAUCAUACUGGUAAAGAUAUUGUAAAGGUUUUGAAAGCACUCAUCAUCUCUGGUGAGAACCGGGAUUUAAGGCAAAAUGUGUAUAAUGGCCUCACUGGAGAACAGGUUAAAAUCGAAGAAUUUAAGAAGAAGCAUGUCUUAUUAUUCAUUUCGGGCCUUGAAAACAUUGAUGAGGAGACUCAGCUUUUAAAAUCAAUAUACGAAAAAUUGAAGGAAAAACCAAGAGAAGUGGAGGGUUAUAGGAAGGAGGAUUUCAAGAUUUUGUGGAUACCCAUUGUGGAUGAAUGGAAUGAGAAGCAUAGGAAAACAUUAGAAUCCCAUUUGCAGCGUACUAAGAUUGGAUGGUAUGUGGUCAAAGAGUUCAAUUUCGAAACAGGAAUCAAACUAAUCAAAGAGGUGUUCAAGUACAAGGAAAAGGCUGUUAUCCCAUUGAUUAGCCCCGAAGGAAAGGUGGAAAACGUUGAUACAAAGCAAAUUUUAUCUAUGUGGGGCAUCGAUGGCUUUCCUUUCAGAACCUCUGAUCACACCCGACUUACUCAGCAAUGGAAUUGGUUUUGGUCCGAAAUGACCAAGCUCAACCCAAAAAUAGAGGAAUUGAUCGAGGAGGACAGUUAUCUCUUGAUCUAUGGAGGCACGGACAACAUGUGGAUCCAAGAAUUCAAAUCAGAAGUGGAGAAAUUGAAAAGGCUCGUUGAAUCAGUAGCUAUGCAACAAGACAUCACAAUAAAACCAUAUCAACUUGGACAAGAUGACCCAAAGGUUGUUCCACGCUUUUGGAUUGCCAUAGAUAGUUUACUUGCAAGCAGGAAACAAAUGAUGAAGGGUGGUGAUCAAGGGGUGCAAGACUUUGCAACAAGGGAAAUAAAGAGGUUGCUCUUCCUUAAACAAGAUCCUAAGGGAUGGGUCAUUCUUAGUAAAGGGUAUAAUGUAAAGCUUCUUGGUCAAGGUGAAGCUAUGUAUCGCACGGUUAAAGAUUUUGACAUAUGGCAUGGGAAAUUGCAUGAAGAGGUAAGCUUUGAUGUGGCAUUCAAAGAGUACUAUGAGAGAAUGAAGGUUAAAGAUUAUCCUCACAAAUGUGAACAUAAUGAAAUCGCUAAUUAUCCCUCGGAAAUUCUAGCCACUAUGCCAUGCCCAAACAUGGAUUGUGGACGUUCUAUGGAGGUAACUUCUGUCAAUUAUAGGUGUUGCCAUGGUCUUGAAACAUAG